CGGGGCUUUGCGCGUGAUGUCACGGAAGGGGGCGUGGUCUGGGCAGGAGGCCGGCUCCUCGGUACUCGAGUGAAUUGUCAGCCCGGGAGAAUGUCCGCUGAUCCCCUACCGCCACCCGCGGCUUCCCCGGGGCCUGCUCUGCCGACCUGCAUAGUGCUGGCCCUGGUCUCCCUGCUCUGCUUCGUGGCCGGAUUCGGGACUGGGGCCGAGUUCGUGCGAUUCCUGUCCUUCGGGGCGAUAUUUAAAAACAUCAGCGGGGAGUCAGGUGGGAGCCGGAAACAUGGCGGCGGCUGGGGAGGGGUGAGGGGUAAUUCACCGUCUGGGGGGGGAGUGAAGGGGUGACUUACCGGCUGGGGGUGUGGGGGUGACUUACCGGCUGUGGGGGGGUGAAGGGGCUGAGGGGGUGACUUACCGGCUGGGGGAUGAGGGAGGGAGACUGAAGGGGUAACUUACCGGCUUGGGAGGGGGGGUUGAGGGGCUGAAGGGGUAACCCCCCUGGUAAACCCAGUUAGUCCUUAUUCCAAUCAUUUAUAAGAAAUAAACAGACAUGUAGGUAAAUACAGAGCAAUUCAGAGAGAAUUUAAUUUUAGUAAUUAUCAAUAAUGUAUCCUAAAACAAAGCAAUGGGAAAAUAUCCCACUCCUGCCACAAACCAAUAACAAUCAUUAAUAUAAAGUCAUCCCACCGCUGCCACCAUCCACAAACCAAUAACAAUCAUUAAUAUAUAGUCAUCCCACCGCUGCCACCAUCCACAAACCAAUAACAAUCAUUAAUAUAAAGUCAUCCCACCCCUGCCACCAUCCACAAACCAAUAACAAUCAUUAAUAUAUAGUCAUCCCACCGCUGCCACCAUCCACAAACCAAUAACAAUCAUUAAUAUAAAGUCAUCCCACCGCUACCACCAUCCACAAAGCAAUAACAAUCAUUAAUAUAAAGUUAUCCCACCACUGCCACCAUCCACAAAGCAAUAACAAUCAUUAAUAUAAAGUCAUCCCACCGCUGCCACCAUCCACAAACCAAUAACAAUCAUUAAUAUAUAGUCAUCCCACCGCUGCCACCAUCCACAAGCCAAUAACAAUCAUUAAUAUAAAGUCAUCCCACCGCUGCCACCAUCCACAAAACAAUAACAAUCAUUAAUAUAAAGUCAUCCCACCGCUGCCACCAUCCACAAACCAAUAACAAUCAUUAAUAUAAAGUCAUCCCACCCCUGCCACCAUCCACAAACCAAUAACAAUCAUUAAUAUAAAGUUAUCCCACCGCUGCCACCAUCCACAAACAAUAACAAUCAUUAAUAUAAAGUCAUCCCACCGCUGCCACCAUCCACAAACCAAUAACAAUCAUUAAUAUAAAGUCAUCCCACCCCUGCCACCAUCCACAAACCAAUAACAAUCAUUAAUAUAAAGUCAUCCCACCCCUGCCACCAUCCACAAACCAAUAACAAUCAUUAAUAUAAAGUUAUCCCACCGCUGCCACCAUCCACAAACCAAUAACAAUCAUUAAUAUAAAGUUAUCCCACCCCUGCCACCACCCACAAACCAAUAACAAUCAUUAAUAUAAAGUCAUCCCUCGCUGCCACCAUCCACAAACCAAUAACAAUCAUUAAUAUAAAGUUAUCCCACCGCUACCACCAUCCACAAACCAAUAACAAUCAUUAAUAUAACGUCAUCCCACCGCUGCCACCAUCCACAAACCAAUAACAAUCAUUACUAUAAAGUUAUCCCACCCCUGCCACCAUCCACAAACUAAUAAUAAUUAAUUCUGUUGUCACCAAGGGGGCAGAGCUAGUGUCGGCAGACCCGCACAGUGCUAGAAAUAAGGUAAGUAUUUUUUAUUAACUUUUAAGGGGGCUGAGUGGGGGCCAGCCACCUAAAUGGUGGGUUAAACACUAUAGGGACAGGAAUACAUGUUUGUGUUCCUGACCCUAUAGUGAUCCUUUAAAUAAUCCCAUUGUCUAUUGUAAUGAUAUAAUACAUACAUGUUGUAUGUAAUGUUAUAUUUGUUAUAAUGUUGCUUAUAAAUCAACUUGUAACCUAAUUAUAUCCAUAAGAGGAAUAAGUGAAGUUUCAGCUUUUAAACUGGACAAUUCCUCCUAGGCUAAGGAAAAAGCAGGAACCUUCUCACACUCUCAUUGAGUACAGCAAACCUUCUACGCAGGCAUAUCAUAUAUCCAUAAGUGGGGAGAAUUAACAGUCUUAAGGGUGAUGGCAGGUGACGGUAAACAGACAUUGUACACUACAAAUGGCGAUGCCUUAGCUCUUACCUAUUAAUUCUCUAUUUGCAACAGGUGAAACCGUGCUAUCAUGGGGCGAAGCUGUGGAAGACUCUCAGGUGCUGCGAUCCCUUGGGAUAGAUGUCGCCCUGCUUUUUCUAUUUGUACUCCAGCACAGCAUCAUGGCCUGGUCGGCAGUGAAGGGAGGAAUCACCUGUGUGUUCGGUGUGCUGCAGCGUUCCAUCUAUAUCCUCUGCACUGCCCUGUCUCUGCAGGUACCGCCACUGAUUACUGUAUUACUGUAUUAGCAAUUAAACGUGAGUGUUAAAAGCCAGAAGUCAGUAAAAAGGGAGAUCAACUCCAGCCUGAUCACUAAGUAAUGGACUCUCAUUCACAUAAAAAGCUGCAGCACUUCAUACUUAAAUAUCUAGUAUUUAUAGUUAAUAAUAGGAAUCACCUAGCAUGCAGAUUCCACCCAUUCUGAGAGAUAAAAAAAAAUGUAUAUUCCGGUUUGUUUCUGUGUUUCUAAUUCACGCUAACAAGUUCUGAGCCAAACUAGUGCAUACACUUCUAAUCUUAUACCUAGUCAACUCCUCCUAAAAAAUGUAGUUGAGCUUGCUUGUCUGUUACAGGUCUGUGCUGUGGUCAUGUGUGUAGCGUGUUCAACAUGUUAAAUAUGUUGUCCUAUUCUCACAUCUAAGUUAGGUCUCAUAGGAGGGCAAUUAUAAAAUGUGUAAAAAAUAAAAAUUCAUUCUUGGUUAACGCGACACUGUCACCCUCUGUGGAUUUUGCAGAAUUUGCCAAGACCCCCUAUGGUGACAUCACCAAUAGGGAUCGUGAUGGUUGGGGGAAGGGUCAGGUAAAGGUGAGUUCUACUUUUUGAUGGUGACUGCUGUCGGGAUUGACAUUAUCUCUCUGCCGGUGUCCAAGAAAAAUACAUAAGCUAAAUAAGUCCCUACUUUCUCUUAUGUUUUUAGUUAGAAAUAGAUGAAAAUUAAAAAAUAAAUUAGAGUAGGUUAGAGGAAGCGAUUGGGAAAAGGUAAGUACAGCGUGACAGUGCCAUUUUAUUAGUCUGUUUUAUAGCCACUGUUACUGUCACCAUGGGUAGUUGUGGUUUGUUUGUUAUGGUAAUUCUUAUUAACGAAUAACCAGAAGUGUCAUUAUGCCAUCUUGAGAUUUUAACCUUUUGGUUAUUGCAAUCAGGUGUACCAACCCAUAGCUUUUGUGUGUGUGUGUGUGUGUGUUCACUCUCAAAAUAAGUUGACUUUCUGUGUCUGACCAAUCACAGCCUUCCUAAUCCAGCUCAAUGAGAAGUCUUUGCAAGGCAGGUGCUCUGGGAAAUUGCUGCCUCUUGAGGUCAGCUCAACUGAGCUAACCAAAUCAGGAAGUAACAGGACUGGUUGAGAGCUGGGGAGGCAUAACAUUCUAGAUUACUGUUCUCUUUCGCUGUCUUCCAGGUAAUGAUUAGGUUCUGGCAACCCUGCCCACAUGGUCCCUACCUGUGGAACGUAUCUUCAGAUUAUUGGAAUGCGCUACUGCCUCUGCUGUGUGCCCUCCUGCAUACGAUCUCUUGGCUGCUGAUAUUUAGCGUUCUGCUUAUCUUCGACUACGCUGAGCUCAUGGGCAUUAAACAGGUGGGCAUAAACCCAGAGGUGAUAUGUUUUCAAUAUCAAUGGUGCUAUUCCUACUGGAACUAGGAAUUAUACGUCAGAUUUAUUAUCCCUAAAGACACUGUCCUGGGUAUUAAAAUAAAAUAUUCUUAUUUUUGUGUAUCUGUAUUCACUGCUUAAGUCUCCCGAAUUCGAGUCUGUCAUAAGUUAUUGGGGCUUAUUCACAAAGAACUUGGUGAACUCAAAAUACAGUGAUGGCCUGCACGCAAUGAUUCUACUGUUCUUCUGGUUAUUUAAAGUGGCAUCACAGCACCCUGUAGAAGUUAUGGUGUCAGGAGUCCUCUGGUGCGAUGUCACUUUAUUUAAACAGUUUUCAAACCAGUUGGACACUUACCUGGGUCCCUUGGGUGCCUCAGCCUCCAUUUCUGAAAAUUCUAAUGGGGAAAUUCCUUCCGCUUCUUAAUUAAUGUCAAUCUGUCCACGUUUGGCCAAAAGUGACUGGCUGAGAGCAUCAACUGACACUCCAAAGAAUUUUGUCCAAAUAGGGAUGAUAUUGGUAUAUCUAUUACAGAAGGGAGACUUCCACUUUAGCUAUUUCAAAAGUGAAGGCCAGACUGGAGGCACCCUGGGAACCUGCGUAAGUGUCAAACCAUUCGAUAGCUAAUUUUUUUUUUUUUUUAUCAUGUGAAGGCACCAGACGUUUCCAGACACCAUAAUCGCCACAGCAGGCUGUAGUGGUUAUAGUACCUACACUGCCCCUUUAAAGCAGACCUGCAAAUUGAAAUUUUCUUUCCAGAAAUCGGUUUAAAACCGUACUGCUAACAGGCAAAGAAUAUCUAAACAAGCUAUAGCAUGUUUACCUGUAAUUAUCACAUUUUUAUGUAUAACGAGGGCUUUUUUGGAAUUGAACUACAAUAUUUAAAAAAAAAAAAAAAAGGAUUCUGAUUGAAGAGUGGUUCAUGUCUAAAUUGAAUUGUGAUAUAAUUGCUAAAUAAUUUAAAGGGUAACUCCAAGCAUUAUAACCACUGCAGCCUGCUAUAGGAGUACCCUGGCUCAGUUUCCCGGUAAUGUGGCAAACAGUUUGUCCUCUUACUUGGUCCUGCUGGGGGCUGAGGGUCCUCUGUUGCUAAAUGCAGACUGCAGAAGCUGGAUCCAUUUCAACUGCAGAAUUUCACCCCAGUUAAUGGAGAUUUAACCUGACCAAAAUAGGGGACACCCAUCUUCCUUUUAAUUUAUUCCACCCCUUUAAUGGAAGGUGAUAUGCCCUGAAGCUUCAGAAUAACUAUUAAGGAUGAAACAGUGGGGCUCACCCAUCACAAAGGGAUUUGCAGAGGUGAUAUUAUCUCAAACUGAUCACUAUAAUGUCUUUUAAAAUGUCAGCUGUUAAACCUGAUUGAAUCUCUACUAGCACAAGAUUGAGAAGGGAAAACCAACUCUUUCCAGUAUAACCAAAGUAUAUGAUAAGGUCCAGGAUACAUAUUUAAUGGAUAGGUUGACUGCUCACUUAUUCCAGACUGUAGCUUCUUUUAGUAAAAAAUGGGAAACUUACUAAGAAAUAUGAGACUGCACCCCCCUCCCUAAAAUUGUCUUAUUCUUUAUUUUACCUCCUGGCUGUUCUGUUCUACUUCUUGUGUUCUACUAAUGUCAUUCAAAAAACGUAUUGUUCAUUAUUGUAUAUUUAGUGUUUCUUCGGUUUAUAGUAGAUGUGAGUGUAACUGUGACAAUUGGCUACACGUAAAUAAAGAAUAAAAAAAAAAAAAAACUAAUAAUUCAAUGUAUCAACCCAGCAAUCCCUCGAAUUAAAACUACAGUACAUAAAGGUGGCCACAGGGUGCUGCUGUUGUAACAUAAUAUGUAUGUCUAAUGGCAUUCCUUUCCUUCACAGGUGUAUUAUCACUGCUUUGGUAUGGGUGAUCCUCUCUCACACAAGUCACCACGUGUCGCCCGCCUGUAUGCCCAUCUUAGACACCCCAUCUACCUUGAGCUGCUCCUCAUCCUGUGGGCAGUGCCCAGUAUGCCCCCCGAUCGCUUGCUUCUCUCCUCUUUCCUCACACUGUACCUGUCGCUGGUCCAUCGGCUCGAUGUGCAGGAUUACACCUACCUGCGUUCACAGCUUCAGAAAAAGUUUGUGCUCUUUUCCCGGGAGGAAACUACUAACGAGAGGUGGGGACUGUGGAAAAAAGACUGAAACGAAGGAGAUCCACAAACCCAGGAAGAACUAGGACGUAAAUGAACUGGAUCUUGUUAGGGCAAAUCUGUGAGCAGUGUUAGGGCGUUAGGAAAAUGAGCUUUGGAAGGCAAGGUGAACAAGGAAGAUAGAAGUAUGGAGGGAAAGAAUGCUUUUCACGAACUAAUGCAAGGCUUUGCACAAAUGCCAGGAGUUUUGUUUCUUUGUGGUUUUCGAGGAAGGCUUUGUCGCCAUGGGACAAUUUUAACAUAAUCUAGAUUUUAGUCCGUAACUCCUCUGGCCGCCCUUUUUUUGGUUUCAUGUCUCAAAUUAUUUAGUCAUUAUUGGUGCAGAUUUCCACCACAUCGCUCUUAUUUGGAUUCCUGGAGAAUUAGAUCUGCUACUAUGUACAAAUUUUACCCAGCAGCCAAAGUCAUCUUGCAUCUCGAAAGUCAUUCAGUGUUCUGGUGCUCUCUAACUGUCUGGGGGUGAUGGGAACUCUUAACAUAACAGAUUGUUUGAUGUAAAAUCAUGUCUAGAUUAUCUCCAGGUCUAGAUCAGUCUGCCUGAGCAAACGCAAGUCAUAGUGUCCUCUACAGGAAAUUCCUGAGCUUCUGGCAGUUCCUCAAGGGCAAAAUAUAUAAAUACAUAUCAUGAUUAUCACUUACAUAAUAAUGGGAUUCCAUUUUACCACUGGCAACUAUCUGACCAAUCGCUUUCAUGGCCAGGAGUUUGCGUAAUGCAAUGCUUAGCUUUUAUUUAUUUUAUACAUACAUUAAGUGCAGAUUAUGUUUUAAUAUUUGCAUUUCUUACCAAAUAUCUGGUACUACUAUUUCCAGACAUGCAACAUUUUAAAAGUCCAGCCAUCUGUUUGCUUUAUUCUGCUUGACAUGUGGCAUUCCUGUCGCCUUAGUACAUGGGUCGGCUACUUUCGGCACUCCAGAUGUUGUGGACUACAUCUCCCAUAAUGCUCUAAGAGCCAUAAUACUGGCGAAGCAUCAACAAACAUCUGGAGGGCCGAAGGUUGUCUGUUCCUGCCAUAGUGGGAUGCUUUAAUGUGUAAGUUGAAGCCAAGUGCAUUAUUGGAGUUUAACAGGUAGCCUAUAAUCUACCGAUCCUCAUUUUGGCAGACUGGUUGGUUGGUUCCACCAAAAGAUUUGGAGUUUAUAAUAUAUAUACACUAUAAAAAAUAUAAUUUUCUUUUUUUUUAUUAUUAUUUUUUUAUUAUAAAUCUGACCCACAGAAGCAUAUUCACUCUGUCAGCAAACGUGGGAAUUAAUAUGGAAGUUUUAGGCCUACGUAACAAUUUUUAUUAUUUAUUGUCUCUGUUCCACUGAUUUGAUAUACAAAAUCGCAGUUCUCAUGUCUUUUUCCACGGUUACUGAUGAGUGAAUAAAGCAAACGCUUACUUUAUCUGCUCAUUCAGACAGCUUUUUACGAGUGUCUCCAGCAAACUAAUGUUACAUAUUUUUAUGCUUUUUUUAUGUAGAAACAAGAAAAUCCUA